AUGCAAGGCAGAGACACAAUACAUCAUUUAUUAGGUUAUGAUCCAUCAGAUAUUUGUAAUAGAAAUAGGAAAAAGAAUAUCAACAAGAAAUCAAAUAUUGAAAUAUUUAAUACAAGUCAAGAUAUAUCAAUUGUUGGUAAUAAUAAUAAGUUAUAUCGAGGUCGUAUUGAUUCAUGUCAAAUAAUUCCACUAAAAACUACAAAGGAAAAAAAAUCAAAAAUAAAAACAAAUAUUAAUGAAAAUAAUGAAAUAAUGCAAAUUAAUUUCGAUCAACUUGAUCUAACAAAUAAGACAAUCGCUGAUGAACAUUUAUUUGAAUAUUUAGAUUGGCAAACACAAUUUAAUGAACAAGAUUUACCAGAUGAACUUUGUGAAGAAUUAUUUCAUCAUUGGAAAUCGAUUAUAUUUGAAGAUCGAUCAUGUAUUUGUAAAUCAAAAUCAAAAUUAAUUCUAUCUCAAGAAAUAGAUAAUCAAGAACAUAAUUUAAUCAACACUCAAAUUGAUUCAUCAACAUCAUCAUUAAAAGAGAUUUAUGAUGAUCGAUGUAUUUGUAGUGACUGUACAUGCAAUUGUGAAAAAUAUGAAAAUGAUGAAUCUAUUUGUAUUUGUUCACAAUGUUCAUGUGAAUGUUUAAAAGAUUUUCGAAAUGAAAAUCAAGAUCAUACUGAAGAUUUAUAUGAAAUAUGUGAACAAAAUAUUUCAUUUUUACAAACAGAUAAUAAUUCACAAGAUCAUUUAACUAACGAAAUAAAUAUUCAUGAAAAAUUUCAAUUAAUUCCAACUGAUCAAGUAUCAAAUGUAGAACAAAUUCAAGAAAAUGAUGAAAAAGACAAAAUAAUAAUAUCUGAUUGUUUUAUUAAUCGAAUUGAUCGAUGGACACAACAAUUUGAUCUUUUUCAAGAUACAUACCAAUCAUUUUUACUACCUGAAAGAAAUAAUUGUUCGACAUUGAAUGAUAGUUCUCAGUCUCAAAUACCAGCUUCAAUUGCUUUUCGAUUUAAUAUAAUUUCUAAUCCACUUGAAUUAGAUGAUCCUACACUUUUUCGACAACGAAUUCUCGAUCAUCAUUGA